UAUUGUCCUCUCCCUUACUAUCAUUCACGCACACUGUCCCUCUCUUCUAAUUUCAGUUUCAUUUUCUUUGUUUUGCUGCUGUAGACCCAUUUCUUUUCUUCUUUUCUUCUCCUCCUUAUUUCUCCCAAGCUACCGACCCACACUUCUCCAAUUUUCCCUUAAACUCUCCUUCACUUCCUUUCUUGUUACAGCAACCGAACCCCAUCACCAUCUUCAACUUAUCCUUCCUCUCAUCACCACCGUACCUCCUCUCUCAAUGGAGCAAGCAAGCACGAGCUACUCCUUCUUCACGUGAGCAGCCACCACGAGACCACCAUCAAAAUGGUUUUAUCUUCUCCUUCAACGUGACCGCACCACCAAUCAUCACCAUGGCUGAUCCUUUCAUCCACACGAAGCUACACCACCACCUUUACUCCUUCUUCCUCUACUCCACGCAAGCACCACAACCACCGGGAGCAAGCCACCAAAGGCAGCCACCACCUCUAUUCUCUUCAACCUUUUCUCAUCUCAAUUUUGAGCUUUUGAGUUAGAGGUUUGAGACGUGCAAGCUUGGGACUCGAGGAAAUUGGAACGCUUGAGGAAAGGCGUAGGAGAAAGAAAUAUUGGCUAAGGCUCUGACUCUAGUCUAAUUUCACAUAAAUCAGAAGCACUAUGCCCAAGAGUUACCUUUGCAUCGCUUUCGCACACUCUAUGUUCAAUCUGAACAGUAGAAAAUGCUUCAGAAGAUAUGAAGUUAUUUAAGCUCUGAUUUGGAUUCAGACCACUUGAAGUUCUGAAGACCAGAAGUUCUGAAGAUUCAGACGUUCUGAAGAUUCAGACGCUCUGAAGGUCCAGAAGCUCUAAAGGUCCAGAAGCUGAGAAGUGGAGACUCUGAAGUCCAAGAAGCAAGCUGGCUCUGAAGACCAAGUACUUCACUCUGUGUUCAGAGGCAGAAGUUACUAAGGUCCGAGGAUCCGAGCUUCCCUCUGACUCUGAUCACCAGCUGCACAAGUUCCAAUAUGAAGCAUCCCUGUGAUCAGAAGUCUCCUAGGAUAAAGGUCACGUCGCUAUCCAAAGUACAAAAGCAUUGUACAAUUCCUGACGACCUUACCUACCGCGUUCAGUCCUGCAGAACCUGACGUUGUUGUUCUGCCCUCCAACGGUAGAAUUCCAUGCAUCAUUCAACCCUAAUCCUUGGAGUAUACAAAAAGGCUGAAGAUGAAAGAUGUGGCUAAGAAACCUUGUUCUCGCGCAAGCAAUAUUCAAACAUCAUCUUAGCAAUCUUUCUUCAUUGAAUUCAUUGUGUUUACUACAAGCUUUUCUAGAAGCAAUUUCUUUGUAAACUCAUAAUCUUGAACAGUUUGUUUAGUGUUCCUUAAGGACACCAAGGUUGAUUAGAUCCUUGAGAAGACUAAGAGAGUGAAUCUUAGUGUGAGCUAAGUCAGUGUAUUGUUAGUCACUUGUAGGUUUCAAGUGUAGUUGUAACAAACUCUACUUAGUGGAUUACCUUCAUUCUAAGAAGGAAGAAAUCUCCUUAACGGGUGGACUGGAUUAGCUUGAGGUAUUUAUCAAGUGAACCAGGAUAAUAUUCUUGUGUGCUUUCCUCAACUCUUAUCUUAGCACUUUACUUCUUGAUUCGAGAGUUUUGUGAAAAACUCAGUGGUAUAAGUUUUAAUUCUGAAAACGUUAUUCAACCGCCCCCUGCCCUUUCUACCGUUUUUCAUACCUUCACAAGAGAAAACAAGAAUAACCUCUUGAAGAAGUGAGGACACAAAGCAAUAUCAGCUUCGUUUCUACAUUAGUCUAUGUGAUUGCUCCUACUAGAAACCCUUGUGGCUCGAUGAGCUUCCAGAGGCUAGAGUCUAAGCAAAGUGUCUAACUAGCUUUUGAGCAUCUUAUUCUCUUGUUAUAAGCCCUCUUGGGAUGCACUCCCAUGGUGGCUAACCCUAAUUAUGUUAUAAAGCCUAAUCGACUCAUCAAAUAAAACUGGUUCUGUUUAUCUCAUGAACCAAAUUUAAUAAGGCAUUGUAAUACGUGAAGGUAUGAAAAACACUAGAAAGGAGGGUUUGAAUAGGAUUUUGCAAAUAAAAUGUUUUUCUUUAAGAUUUCAAGUAAAUCUUUCGGUUUCAAAGGGUAGAAGGUGCAAAGGAUAAAGAGAGAAUGACACAAUGAUUUUAUCCUGGUUCACUUGAAAAUCCACAAGCUACCUCCAGUCCACCCGUCAAGAUGAUUUCUUCCUUCGUUGAAUGAAGGUAAUCCACUAAUCAAAGGUUGUUACAAUCUGCAUUAACAUAACUUGCUGAGUGACUAAUACACCUAAGAACUAGCAACCACUAAGACACACAAGUCUUAGUCUUCUCAAGGAUUCUGACCGAACUGGUCCUUUAAGGAAUUACAAACCGAUUUCAAACAAGUUUGGGUUUACAAUGAAGUGUUUCUAAACAAGCAAGUGUAAACAAAUUUUAGAACAAUGAAGAAAUAGAUGGCUAAGGUAUUCGCUUGAGUUUAUCGCAAUAAUGUGUCUUAGCGAUUUCUUCCUUACUUCAGCCUUUAUAUACUCCAAGCUUCACGUGAUGUAUCCGUUGAAGGAUUCUGUUCGUUGGAGGGCACUUCUGGAAUUUCAAGAACCUAUUGUGGCUGAUCCUCGUUAGGUAGGAGUCAGAAUAGUACACUGCGCUUGAACUUUUGAUAGUGACCCAUGCCUUUUUCUUUUGACUUCUAAUCUUUAGAGGCGCUUCUCAUUGAAACUAGUGAAGCUUCUAAUCAGAGUCACGAGGUUGCUUGGAUCUCCUGAACUUCAAGUCUUGAGCAUCUAGACAUGGGUCUGGUACAAUGCAGGAAAAAUGAAGGGUUUGCAGAAGAAGAGAAUUGGUUGAAGAAGAGGGAUUUGGGCAUCUGCAUCGUUCACAUUCGUAAGAAUCUUUGAGAGCAGACAUUCAAGGAGCUGCAACUGAAGCCUCAACAGGAGCAGAAGUCCAAAAAGGGUUAGAAGUAGAUCUUUGAAUAGCAUAUCAGCUUCACCAAUCAAAUCUUCCAGGCCAAGGUCGAAAUCGAAAUCACGAUCACGGAAUCUGUGGACAACAACAUAUGGAGCAAGGCCUUCAUCAUCUUGUGCCUGUUCUCACAACAUGCGAUCCCAUUGGAGCCUCCAGUCCUGGCCUUAACAUAUUCCAUCAACAACAACAACAACCCCUACUCCAGCAACACCAACCCCAAGUACCCAAGACCAGUUCUGUAGCUCUACCAACUCAUGUUCCCCAAACAAGUCCUAUGGGUCAGCCAAACGUCCAACACCAAGUACCCCAAACCAAUCUUGUGGCUUUGUCAAAGACCAAAACCCAAGCACCCAAACGAAGAAGGUUAACAGAUCAGAUGAAAACAGUUCGGCAGAUGACCACUGACAAAAUAACAAAUGAUAUGUGGGCAUGGAGAAAAUAUGGACAAAAACCCAUCAAAGGUUCUCCGCAUCCAAGGAGUUAUUACAAAUGCCGCAGCAUGAAAACAUGUGACGCGAAAAAGCUAGUGGAGCGAAGCAAAACAGACCCGAGCAUGUUUAUUGUGACAUACGUCGGGGAUCACGAUCACAUGAAUCCGCCUCACCAGAACAUGCUUUGCGGCACCUCACAGCUCAAUCCAUUAGCGACCCAUUUACCCAGCACAUCGCAAACCAAGACACCCACCAACAUUGGAAGCGUUAGUUUAUUUGCUAUUUCUCCCAUGCUGGUGUCAGGUCUGCUGGAGAACGGUGACAAAAUAGUAAAUCAUGGAAAACCUGAAGGCCUUGACCCGGGAAUAGAACCUAAGCCAAUCACCGAUGAUGAUGAUGAUGACAUUCUAAUACCCAUAUCAGAUCUGCUGGAGAACGGUGACAAAAUGAUUAACCAUGGAGUACCUGAAAGCCCUAACCCAGAAAUGGAACCUAAAUCAGUCUCCGAUGAUGAUGAUGACAUUCUAAUACCCAAUUUAGCUGCCAUGUCAAACAUCUUCGAAAUGGGAUAUCAAUCUUUUGACGUUGGAGCCAUCUACAUGGGCUAGUCAGAUCCUAAUUGAACGCAGUGGUUGAUCUAAAUCAUUGGUCUUGGCUCUUUAAGUUGUUCUGCUCAUCAUCCCUUGCAGUAGUUCUUCGAAGUUUUGGAAUUUUCUUGUUUAAGGGAGGAAGUCACCUUAAAGGGUAAAGUAAAUCAUCAAAAUCAUUGGUUCUGACGGCUUACUUUAAUGAUUUUAAUGACUUACUUUUCUUUCUAAAGUGCUUCACUCACAUAAGAGGAGUCAAAUCUAUUUAUCUUCUUAAUUUGAAUAGUUUAUUUCUUAAAUUAUAUGGUGUUGUUUUAGUUUAUCUCCAUCAAAUUCCAUAUAUUAUGCUCAAGAUGUUUAGGAUUAUAGAGUUAUCCAAGAUCUUCCUAUAAGUAAAUUUUCAAUUAUUUAUGUAUUAUGAAUACAUAAAUAAAUUGUGUUUUUCAAUCUCUUUUAUUUGUAGAAGUGCAUGUCUUUAUUUUAAUCAGGACUCGUUUUAAUUUUAUUAAGACAAAUAAAUUCAAUUUCAACAUUUUAAUAUGACUCUUUCAAAAAUACAUUUUAAUAUGUCUACUUUCUAAGAGUGAAGCACCAACAUGAAAAUAAUUUGAAGGAUUGUUAUAUUUUUUGUAAUUGCUAUAACCAAUGAAAAUCUAAGGGUUACACUUGACGCCCUUGAUUUUUGUUCCGGGUGAUUUUAUAUACCAUGUUUGUGUGUUCAUUAAUCAAUAAUACUAUUAAAAGAGCAAAGGUUCAAAUGAAAAAAUGCUGAUGUGUUGCAACCACAAGCAUUCUGCUCUCUCAUGCAAUCUUAGACUUAGUGAAAUUCCACAUGGCAUUUUACAAGCUCUUCUCUCCUUUUUACGUACCGCGGCAUUUCCUUCUUUUUCCUGUUUUUUUAUCAAGCUCCACUCACCAUUCUCUCUCCCACUAUCUUCCUUCAUUAUUAAGAACUCAUUCUCUCUCCCACUAUUUUGUUUGUUUCCAAAAAAAACAUAAAAUUACUCCCCCAUUCACGAUGAAGCCUUUCAUGUGAUUUUUUUAUCAAUCAAUUUUUAUCUGUAGCUUUUUUUAUUGGUAUAAAUCUGUAC